AUGACCUCGCUCUGGUUUCUCUUACUCCCUCUCCUAGCAGUAGAUGCUGGGAAAGUUCUUGUGUACAGUCCGUCUAUAAGUCGGAGUCAUUUGAUAUCAAAUGGGCGGAUCGCUGAUGCACUCGUAGACGCAGGACAUGAUGUGGUCAUGUUUAUACCAGAAUAUGAACUAUUGACAGAGUUCACGGGAACCAAAAAGGCAAAAGUCAUGACUAUGAAGGGAUUUAGUACAAAAUAUGCGGAUGAAAUGGAAGGGUUAGGAGUCACUAUGUUUGAGACUAAUAGAUUGGGAUUCUGGGAGAGAGCCAUGUUCGAAAAAUCAAUCACUGCCAUGUGUGAUGAUCUCAUGCUGAACCGAAAGGAACUCGAACCCCUCCGAGACUACAAAUUCGACGUGGCAUUCAGUGAACAAAUUGAUUUAUGUGGUGUUGGAGUCAUCAGAUAUCUUGGGAUUCAGAACCAUCUCUGGAUUUCUACGACUCCAAUCAUGGAUGCCAUUAGCUAUAACUUGGGAGUCCCGGCACCUGCUUCGUAUGUUCCAACGAUUGAGGAAAAUGACAAUGGGGACAAGAUGGACUUCUGGCAGAGAACUUUCAAUCUUUACAUGAAAAUCGGGUCAAUCGCAGUUCAUCGAUAUGGUACUGAUGGGACCACAGAGGUCUUCCGAAAGUAUGAUCCAGACUUUCCAAAUGUUCGUGACAUUGCUGCAAAUUCCUCCUUGUGCUUUGUGAAUUCAGAUGAAGUUCUUGAUCUACCAAGACCAACAAUUACGAAGACAAUUUAUAUUGGAGGAUUGGGAGUGCCAAAAGAAAGCAAACCGUUGGAUGAGAAAUUCUCCAAAAUAAUGUCGAAGGGAAAAGAUGGUGUUGUAGUCGUCUCGUUGGGAUCUAUUGUUCCAUUUGGCGAUCUACCACUCGCCUCGAAACAAGGAGCACUGAAAGCAAUGAGUGAGAUGAGCAACUAUCAUUUUUUGAUCAAGAUUGCCAAGAAUGAUGAAAACACGCAAACUCUUGUAAAGGGAAUGAAGAAUGUUGACUUGGUUGAGUGGCUCCCUCAAGUUGACCUUCUUGCUCAUCCACGUCUCAAACUAUUUGUUAUGCAUGGAGGAAUUAAUGGAUUGGUUGAAACCGCACUCCGAGCAGUUCCAACAGUCAUUGUUCCAAUCUUUGCUGAUCAGUUUAGAAACGGACGAAUGGUUGAAAAGAGAGGAAUUGGAAAGGUUCUUCUGAAACUGGAAAUUGGAUAUGACAGCUUCAAAGAGGCAGUUUCAACUGUUUUGAAUACUCCGAGUUACAAACAAAAUGCGAUUCGAAUUGCGAAAAUGAUGAGAGACAAGCCGUUCAGUCCAGAGGAAAGACUCACCAAAUGGACUUCAUUUGCAAUUGAUCAUGGAGUUUUGGAAGAGCUUCAUGUUGAGGGAUCUAGACUUAAUACAUUGGUUUAUUAUAAUUUAGAUGUGUUUGCUUUCUUGAUUUUCGUUUUUGUUGCUAUCCUUCACGUUUUUAUUUAUACCUUCAAGUUUUUGUGUUGUCGGAAUAGAUCUCAAAGGAAGAGCGUGAAAACUUCCAAGAAGAAUAAUUAA